GAAUGCACCACGCGGUCACAAGAUGGCGGCGCCCAGCGCUCGCUGUUGCCUUGGUAACAUGCGGCCGUGGCUCAGCGGUGUGACUAGGCCGCGGGGUCUUUUUGUAGUAAUUUCAGGGAUUCUGGCCCGGUGUCACCAUGCGGUACCGCUGCCUGAUAACCAGAUCUCUCCGUCCUCCACCGCCGUGCUAUCCCAGCUGUCCCCCGGCCUCACCCUGCAGCCGGACUUCAUCACUGCCGAGGAGGAGGCCGCACUGUGCCGGGAGCUGGAGCCCGUUCUGAGGAAGAAGCGAUACGAGAGCGGCCAUUGGGAUGACGCGAUCCAUGGCUUCCGGGAGGUCGAGCGCCUGCACUGGUCCCCAGACUCCUCUGCCAUCGUACAGAGGGUGAGAGAAAAGGCGUUCCCUACUGGAGAGACCCAGCUGUCCCAGGUCCAUGUCCUAGACCUCCAGAAGGACGGGUAUAUCAAACCGCACGUGGACAGCAUCAAGUUCUGCGGUUCGACCAUCGCCGGGAUCUGCUUGUUAUCCAGCAGUGUCAUGCGCCUGGUGUCUGUGGAUAACCCCGAGGAGCGUGCCGAUCUGCUGCUGCCCAGACGGUGCCUGUACAUAAUGAGUGGUGUCUCUCGCUACAAGUUUACCCAUGAAAUCCUGCGCGGCGAGGAAUCCUUCUUCAAUGGCGUGCCUGUGCCCCGAGAGCGCCGUAUCUCCGUCAUCUGCCGAAAUCUUCCUGUGAGCUGAUGGGGGUCAGGUUUACAGGUGCUGACAUCGCUCGCUGAGGUCUUCACUUCUGACAGGGGAGGAGGAUUGCGACUGACUGGAGGGUUUGCCUUGUGUACACUUAUAGGAAGUCAUUAAAGGGGUCGACUGAUCAACAAGUGUCUGAUCGGUGGGGGUCUGACAACAGGGGGGGGGGGGCCUGACACUCAUGC